AUGGGUAGGCUGACAUGUCAUCAUGAAGAUCAUGGCUCUGUGCAUGAACGUGCUCCCAACUUGGUCAGCGCUGAACAGAUCUGCUCCAUGCUAGAUCUUGUCGAUCCAGCACAUGCCUGCUAUCACGAGCACAGCGAGUUCAGAGGAGUGUUCUUGGCGCCUUUCGCCUUUAGUGUCGGCAGCCCGGCAGAACCAGGCAUCACGUUCCGCUACUGCCAAGCGAUCGACAUUCUGGCCGCUCCCUACGGUAAUUGUCCAUGGCCUAACUACCCUCUCCAGUCAAAUUACUUGGCUGCCCCUCCAUGCCAGCGUCCUGACUCGGCCCAGUCCCGUUUCAGGGCCCCGGCGGAAGGCCUCCAAGCGUCCAAGGAGCCAUUCAUACGGUGUGGGACUCAUCGUCUCGAACAGCCGAAGUCCCGUGAAAUCGGUAAGCCCAGCCCGGUGUCAAUCAUCAAGAGGGGUUCUCCUAUAUUAUGUACAACUGCGUUAUGCUACAACGCUCGAGCAUUGUUAUCCGCUGGUGUCAAAUGGCCUUCUGGCAGAAAGAGAGUAAGCAGCAGAUGCUAUGGUGUCUUGCCUAAACGGCCGAUCAAAAAGCAACUGGCUCCCGCCUGGGCAGUCGCGUGGAAAGACAUACUCUCUCUGUUCGCCAACAUGCUCUUCACCUUUAUGUCUCACAUGGCUCGGUGA